AUGAUCAGCAAGCUUAUUACAUUCGACAACGUCCGAACAAGGGGAUUAUAUCGUUUACAUAAUGGAACCUCAAAUGAAAUUUUGGAAGUUAGUGCAAGCACCACGCAACGCUCAACCUCACAGACCAGAUCCCGCGGAGGGCUGAAAGACAAAAAUACAUUUUUUUCGAAGCGGCAUGAUGAAGUAUCGUCGGAAGAAAAUUAUCCGGAACAAUUUAAAAAGCUAUUGAAAAAUAAUGUAACUGAGGAUAAAUUGAAAAUUACAUACGUGAAAGAUUUAGAAAAAACUUCACAUGAAAUAGUUGGACGUAAAAAACAUCAAAAUGCAGACCCACGCUAUAAGGUGAAAAUUAUAAGUACGACAACGCCAGUACCAAAGACUACUGUUAAAUUAAUCACACCUAGAUCUGUUCGAAUGUAUUCGAAAAAACAAAACAUCCCAAUUUAUCGUUCAACGACGACAUCGGAGCCGACGACCACGAGCAGAAAAUCAUUUUUUGCUGCAUCUCGUAUAGAGUCUUCUUCGCAGCAUACUCCAGUAUUCACUAUAUCCGAGUCAAAUAUAUCUAAAUCAAAUAUUCCUAAACAACGAUCCGCAUCAUUUUCAUCUAUUCGGAGUAGAAAGCCUGUCGUGUACACGCCUACUAUCCCAACACUUACAACAUUGUCCACGGUAAAAGUUGGUGGUGAAACUAUACAAAAUUCUGCUAACUACAGCACAAAACUGACAAGCCGCCUCGCAAGCCUAUCUUCACAUUCCUCCACCGCUGCACUUGCUAACGAAAUUGAUUUCAAUGAUGGUUAUUCUGCUACGGUCAUUGAAACCUAUCAAUACGGCCAACAAGAUAGUAUUGACUACAUAGAAAAUGAGCUGAAACUGGAACGAAAUAUGCUGGAGGUCCAUCGAACGGCGUCAUCAAGCAAGCAGGACGUCGUUGAUGUAGAAAAAAAUAUUUUGGGUACCGAAAAACAGAUUGCCCCCGUUUCAUCCGGCUUAACAGAGAGUCGCAUAGACAUCGACUCUCCGAACCACCGAGUGCAGGAUGUGCCUUCAGCAGUAACCGUGUCGAUAUUCAGCGCGCUCUCCGAAAUCCUUUCGCAGCCAACAGAAAGUUUACAAUUUUUGUCCUCCAGCACCGAUGCACCAGCUUCUGUGUCUUCAUCUUCGACGAGCACCACUUCAACUUCAACCACUUCCAGCACAACUACUACCACCACAACUACCACCACAACCACUACCACCACUACUACUACCACUACGACCACUCCACAACCUCCUUUAUCUUCAUCACCAGAACCAUCUCUAUUUCUUAGCAAAUCCAACGAUAAGGUACUAGAAUUGCUGGGCAACAGUUCUGCCUCCGUUCUAGACGUACCACCAGUGAGCACGGGUAGUACGCUUGUACAUACUGGCUAUCAGGAAUCUGCUGAUAACAUGAUUGUAAAUAAAACAGAUCUAACCAAUGCAAGUGCCACCAUCGCGAAAGGGAUUCAGUCGGUUGAAAGCAUUGGUUUAUUGGCGGAUACCAAAGGCAUGACUGCGGCCACAAUUGCGCCAGUGAGGGCACGAUUGUUUGAGCAAGAAGAAAGGAAUAGUAAUAGCAACCUUAACUCUGAAAAUCACAUUCAAACCCGUGUUCGUAUGGAUGCAGAUUCAUUGCCAGAAGUAUCAACAAUUGAUAAUACUGAUAACUUGCUUGAUCUUGUUGCUCCGACCGUGCGUGACACAGUGAUUAACAGCUACGCCUAUGACAAUGAUGAUGAUGCCGUUGUUUAUUCUUUGUCCACCACACAGAAACCGCUAGUUCUUGCAGCAGAAAAGAAGGCGAUGGCAACUAUGACAGCAACAACAACACAGCACACGACCCUCCUGACUGUAGAACGAGACAUAGCAGAGAUUACUACAACCCCUGCAUUUAGUACCAUUUCUACGGGCAUGCUUCCUAGCACAUCUCCUACUGAAAUAGUGCAUUCAGAGCGCAUAUUUGUUGUAAAUGCUUCAUAUAAUGAUGCAUUACCAAUUAACAAACCUGCUUCCACUACCCUUCUGAAUGUGCCGCAACCUGCAACAAACAGUCGUUUGACUCCUAUUCCCAUCCCACACGAAUCUCUGAUACCAUACUCAACGUUUCCUCAAGAAGAAGAAGAAGAUAUCACUACGCAUGGACAAACUACUCAUUCCACACCUAUCACCAUUGCAUCUACCGAUAAGCAAGAAAUUAUUAACAACUCCGCUUUAGUACCAAGAAGUACCAAUCCAAUGAACGAUUCCCAAGAGUUCGUAUCAUCUGCUACGACAAACGCUUACACUAACCAUCAGCAAUCACCAGAUAUGGCUUCUGCUAGCCCUUUUGACCAUGCAACUGAAUUGUCAGUAAAGAUCAUGAACAACGAUAUCGACUGCAUACGUUACGCCAGCCUCAAUGACCCCUCUUCUCUCAACAAAAGAUCACGCGGCAUUGUUGUAUAUGGCAUCCUUCCGAACAAUACUGUUGUACGGCGGGUAAUCGGUGGAGAAGAUGAAGUAGUUCAAACAACUACUGAAAACUCACGGAUUGUGUAUGGAAUAUUUCCAAACGGUACCGUGGUAAGGCGCUAUCCAAACGGUACGCUCGUACCUGAGGUGAAGCAUUACAGUCCUGUGGAAGUUACCAACAUAGACCCGCGUGAGCUACGUGACCCAAACAGUGCAAUUUAUAAAACAUCGGAAAUGCCACCAAUACUACAGUCGUUGAGCAAUGCUGCAUCGUUUGGCAAAACUUUUGUUUCCACCUCUACCAAUCCUAGCACUAGUUCUUCUUUCAACACUACUGCCACCAACACACAAACCGCGAAGAGUUCGAUUGUGUAUAGUACAACUGCUCAUCCUUCUAGUAUUGCUUUCUCUACCACAAAGAACCAAGCCACGGGUACGACGACUAUUAUUGAAAUAUUACGCAAGUACAACGAAGAGAACCAAUUGGAUGCUAAAGUGAAAUCGGACAACGUGUUUAGCUUAGCCGCACCUAAGAUUAAAUUAACACACAAAACGGAUGGAAUUACAAUUGUGUUUCUAUUGUUUAAACUGCAGGAAAAAAAUGGUCAUGAAGAUAUUAGAGUAUUACGUCCAAAUGCCCCAGACUUGAUUUACCGAUGGAAACCGACAGCUACUUCAAGUUCUAGGGAAAUUAUAAAUAAUGAAGAAACAACCUCAACUACUAGUAAACCAAAAUUCACGACAACUGAAUCAUUCCUAAGUCUUCGCGAAAACACCGUACCAGAUACGAUAAAAAUUGCUAAAGAAAAAUCCAGUUUGAGUAAAAUAAAUCUAGAUCAGAACGCGGUUGGUAUCGGAGUAAUGCGUGAUAGUUCUGAUUUGUUAGAAAGCAAAAUAAGUAAUGAGCUACCAUUGACGGAAGAAACAAUUGCACUGAAAGAGCGCAACGUAGAAACGGAAUCUAAUACGCUUGCAACAACAACGACGAUUUCUGCAAAACAUGUCAUGAAAUCUACAUCAGAUAUUCCUAGCGUCACUCAAAAUGCUGAUGUUCUUAUAAAUCCCUCGUCUAAAACAACGACUAUGGAGACCAUUAUGAGUCCUGCGAUAACGUCACCAAUCACAAACACCUCUGAAUCAUCCAUUAUUAUGAGCACAAAACAACAACAAAAUAGCUCGCCGAUGCCUACUACAACAACAAUCCAAAGCGUAUCGAGUAAAUCGCCAAACUCUGUCUAUUCUUCUACCACACGAAAACCACGUACUACAACGCAUUCCGACAUAGAGGAUUUGGCUUUUCUGCGUCAAUUGGCACGAUUUUUGAACGGCGGCCAGAAUAGUAAUGUACGUAAAACUACCAGAAAGCCAACCACUCCUACAACAAUAUCCACAACAACGGUACCUACGACUACUACUAUUAGCACCACAACGACUUUGAGAACGGUGGCUAUUACACCUAAAACAACAGUAACUCCAAACCUGAGUACAGUCAUUACUAACAAGGACGAUCCGGUUUUUUUGAACGAUGUGCGUAAAUUAUCCAAGUUUGCAACACCAAAUCCACUUGUCGACACGCCACUAGCAAACAGAAUACUUCAGCUGGCAAUACAACGGGAUCCUAAAAGUAUUGCUCGCCUGCCCGUAGUAAGCAGCAACGAGUUUUCUUCGUUCGAUAGGGCUGUUACGGAGAGCCAGCUGAAGGAUAUUCUCAAACCGACAGUGUCCACGCUGUCUCCGGAGGAGAUUAAAAACACUAAGAACCAAUUGGAUCGCGAAAUUCAGCAGUACAACACCGAUUUGAAGCUUCUAUCAAAUUUACUUGGAAGACCCAUCACUGCCAAUGAUAUUCCGAGUCUUACAAAGCAACUGGGAGCAGGUGGUACGUCGCCAUUACUAGCGAGUAUUGAUACAAAGGCAAUGUCGAAGGUGACAACUACAACGACCACAGCAACCACUACCCCAUCCCGUACAUCAGACGGAGAAUUCUUAAAGAAGCUACUUCUGACGCAACAACAGCAGCACAACAGUAGCCCAGCGGUGAUUGAAAGUCCAGAGUUUUACGGUAAAACUAACGAAGCGAUUUUAGCAUCUAUUCUGAAACAACGAGGCAUUGGUCCGUCAAAUACGAAUGGCAACUUUGAAAAUAUUUUGGCUCAAGCAUCUCCGACAUGGACGUCUACAUCACCUCCCUUAAUUUUUACGCAACGGGCAAUACUGAGACAGACUCGUCCUCCGCAACCACCUCCUUUACGAUCACAAAGUCCGAUACUGGACGGCUUGAACUGGCUAUGGCGCGAGUGGCAAGCAACAGCACCGCAGCCGCGUAAUCGGGCUCCAAGUGGGGGGAGUAGUGCUAGCAAUCUCAGAACAGGAACAUUUGGAUUGAGUGGUGGCGGAGGUCUUGCUGGUGGAAAAACGGCACCACUGACGCAGUCAUUUGGUGAUGAAGGAUUAGAUCCGGAUGCGAAACCAAUCAACCCUAGUGUAACCGAGGAGCCUCCUUCGUUAUUCGGUGGAUUUGGCAUCAACCCCGGUGGACAAUUGUUGAAUGCAGCGAUUGGAGUAACUCGCGCGGUGUCUCAAUUUUUGGGUGUUGCACUACAGGGAGCAGCAAAAUCUUUUACAUCAGCUUUUCGUCCACAAGCUAACGCAGCCGAUGCUGGAGAGGACUUGGGUUAUUACCGACUCAGUGGAUGAUAAUGAAUAUAUUUUAUCGGUUUCACCCUACUGUGAGAAGCAUGAAAGCUUUCAGCUAAUGAAAAACACCGGUAUCACUUUUGAUGCUCGCUUUUGUUAACGACAGAAUGAAACAUAGUGUAAAUUAUUUCCUUA